AAUUGGUGGGUGAUUUAAUACCUAUACAAGAAAAACUUGGUAUAGAUAUCAAUCCCAUUUUAGAAGCGGAACUUAGAAGGGAUAAAGCCUCUUCAGAUAAACCAAUUAGAUUAUUUGAUUUGCUUUUAUGCUUAGAAGAUGAUAUAGUGACAAUUCAGGAAAAAAUUGGUAUUGUUAGCUAUACUAAUCAAGAAAUGGCAGAAGAAGCUGAUAAAAAUGCAAGAGUAUACCUCCAAAAGUUUGAGGAAUUUCACGGUCCCUUAGAAGAUGAUCUAGGUGUGGUAUUGGGGAACUUCAUUGAUAGGGGAGUAAAGAAAUUUUGGUUUACAGGGGAGGGACUACCAUUAUUGCCGAAUGUUUCUCUUCAACAAUUACAUGAAGUUUUCGUCAAAAAAUCGGCUAACGUCGGUCGGUGUCCAUGUCUAGAAUCAAAAGUAAAGCAAGGGAAAUUAUCACAGAUAUAUAUACAACACAGCAAAUAA